GCGCCACUGGCAUUGUGGGAGUUGAGGUUUUUUCUUCGUCAUCCUGCAGUACACCAGCGAGUUCCUGGUGGCUUUGUAAAACUACAUGCACCAGCUGCCCAAACACAAACACAAGUAUGGCAGCCUCCUCUUCAGGAUACAGCAGAAUGCUCUUUAGCCUGAGAAAAUAUACUAAUAAAUCACGAAGUUUGUAUCAUAUUGAUACUUUUAAUUUCGUGAUAAGGACAAUAUGGACAUCCGGAUCAAAAAAUCAACUUAAGCCCAAAGUACGGACUAAAAGUCUUCCUCAAAUGGUUGGUGUUGUGGGCCUGGAAAUCCACGCUCAGAUUCAGUCCACAUCAAAGCUCUUUUCUGGAUCUCAUGUUAGAUUCUUGGCUCCACCAAACUCGCUUGUCUCACAUUUUGAUGCUUCGUUACCAGGAACACUGCCAGUGCUGAACAGAAGAUGUGUGGAGGCUGCUGUAUUGACAGGCCUUGCUCUUAACUGUACCAUCAACAGGAAGUCACUGUUCGACAGGAAACACUACUUUUAUGCAGACAUGCCUGCAGGCUACCAGAUCACUCAGCAGAGGCUUCCCAUAGCAGUGGAUGGCACACUGGUCUAUAGUCAUUUUGAAGGUCACAGAAGGAAUCAAGUCGUAACCAAGAGUGUGAAAAUCAAACAGAUCCAGCUUGAGCAAGACAGUGGAAAGAGUCUCCACGACAUUGAACGGAGCCAGACUCUAAUAGAUCUCAACAGAGCAGGUGUAGGUCUGAUGGAGCUGGUGAUGGAGCCAGAGAUGUGUUGUGGAGAGGAGGCAGCAGCUGCCGUCAGAGAGCUUCAGCUCAUCCUGCAGGCUCUGGGCACCUGCCAGGGCAACAUGGCCGAGGGGCAGCUUAGGGUUGAUGCCAAUGUGUCCGUGCAUCGACCUGGAGAGCCUUUGGGAGUGAGGACAGAGGUCAAAAACAUCAACAGUGUAAGGCACCUGGCCAAAGCCAUAGACUACGAGAUCCAGAGACAGAUGGAGGUUCUACAGAGCGGUGGGACGGUUCUUAAUGAGACCCGAGCAUUUGACAGCAAAUCUGGUAGCACAAUUCCAAUGAGGGAUAAGGAAGGCCUACAGGACUACAGGUUCAUGCCAGAGCCCAACUUGCCGCCACUGUUUGUUUAUGAGAGUGAAGCUUCAGUGCCUGCUGGUGUUGACCCCACCCAGGCUGUGGUGAUUGACAGGCUGAGUACCCAGUUGCCAGAGCUGCCGUCUGUGAGGAGAAUGAGGCUUGUGGAGACGUACGGCAUUCUGCGGGAGCACAGCUUCACGCUCGUGAAUGAGGACGGGCUUAUGGACUACUUUGAGAGUGUUGUUCAGAUGACCAAGGCAGAACCGAGGAAGGUGAUUGGCUGGGUGAUGAAUGAGCUGAUGGGAAAUCUGAAUAUUCAGAAUCUGAAAGUCUCUCAGAGUCCCAUCUCUCCAUGUGCUCUUGCUGAGCUGAUCAAUCUUGUGGAAUCGGGUCACAUUUCAUCCUCGACUGCCAAACAAGUUUUCCAGGAGAUGUGGAAAGCUCCAGAGAAGACAGUGGGCCAGAUAGUGAAGGAGCAGAAUUUGUGGAUGAUAAAUGACAAAGAGGAGCUACGAAAGAUCUGUCAGAGGGUUGUGGACAGUCACACUGAGGAGGUUCAGAUUAUCAGAGGGGGUAAUAAGAAAGUAUUGAACAAAUUGAUGGGUGAAGUUCAGAGAGAAACUAAAGGCAGAACUGACCCGGUCCAAGUCAGAGCCAUACUACAGGAAAUGAUCUCAUGAACUGCCUAGCAUGCCUAUUUUGAGGGUUAAUGCCGUGUUCUGGACAAGCAGCCUAAUGGAGCAAUGGAAUUUACAUUUAAUAGCCUCUGUACAGUCAUUCCAGAAAUGUGUCUCUACUGUAAAAUUUAUUCAUUAAACGUUUUGAUAACAAAA